AUGGAGGCGUCCGCCAACGGGUCCAGUUUUGGCAUCGACUCGCUGCUGUCCCACAGGCCUGGAAGUCCGGUGUCCAAAGGGGACAGCCUGGUGGGGGAGUGCCGCUCGCCUCUGGAGUUCAGCCCGCGAUCAGACGUGGAGAGCGGCUGCUCGUCGCCUCCGUCGCCGAGGAGGGAGUGCGUGGACGAGGUGGCCCAGAGGCAAGGUCACGGCAUCGGCCUGCCGCCGCACCUGCAGCACGCUCAGAUAUCUGCGGGGUCGCAGCAGAGGACCGUGACCUCGUCGUUCCUCAUCAGAGACAUUCUCGCGGACUGUAAGCCUCUGGCUGCGUGCGCGCCCUACUCCAGCAAUGGACAGCCGACCCAGGAGGCGGGGAGGCUGGCCUCGAAGAUAGCGGAAGACUUUAUGGAGAAAAUCCACAGCAACUCGUCGUCAGACAGUGAAUAUAAAGUGAAAGAGGAGGGGGACAGGGAGAUCUCCAGCAGUAGAGACAGUCCUCAGGUCCGGCUCAAGAAACCCAGGAAGGCCCGGACGGCCUUCACGGACCACCAGCUGGCCCAGCUGGAGCGCAGCUUCGAGCGGCAGAAGUACCUGAGCGUCCAGGACCGCAUGGAGCUGGCGGCCUCCCUAAACCUCACAGACACACAGGUCAAGACCUGGUACCAGAACCGGAGGACAAAGUGGAAGAGACAGACGGCGGUGGGACUGGAGCUGCUGGCUGAAGCUGGAAACUACUCCGCCCUGCAGAGGAUGUUCCCGUCCCCGUACUUCUACCCGCAGAGCCUGGUGUCCAACCUGGACCCAGGAGCGGCCCUCUACUUGUACAGAGGCCCCUCGGCGCCCCCGCCGGCCCUGCAGAGACCCCUGGUCCCGCGGAUCCUGCUGCACGGCCUGCAGGGGGGCAGCGAGCCGCCGCCUCCGCCGCCUCUGCCCCCCAUGCUUUCCCGGCCGGGUCAGCCGCGGUGAGCCGGCCACUGCACUUUUUUUCUUCUUCUUUUGUUUUUUUCUUUUUGUACGCCGAACUUGGCAGCUUGGGACUCAUAAGAAGAGAUAAGACAGAAAAAAAUAAAAACGUGACGAACAAGAAAAAAAAAAAACUGUUCGAGGCCUUUAUCUGGUGCCGGCUGAGGCUGAACCCUGAGGACGGAGCUCUGGGACUCAAACUGUCUGUGUGGAAGGAUUUUUCUGUUUCUUUUGGGACAUGAGCUUUAUUUAUAAACUUAUUUAUUUUUUCAAUAUGAAUCAAAGCAUCUAAGUUAUGUAUUUAUUUGAUCCAAGUUUCAGUAUUUUCAUUGUUUUCCCCAACAACUGAUACAAUUGUUGGUGGCACUUUGACCUACAGUUCAACGCCAAUUAGACCCCUAUUGGCAUUAUGAUUAUUAUUAUUAUCAUUAUUAUUAUCAUUAUUAUUGUUGAUGUUCAUGGAUAGUGGCAAAGACGGAAAGGAGCAUCCUUCCUUGUAAUAUGAAUAUAAUGUACUUAGAAGAUCCAAAGGAACAAUUGGUAGGCCUAAAUAUUUUUUCUUUUUUUUUUAUCUAAAUCUGUCAUUGAUUUUUGUUUCCACGUGAAGAACAACAACACGAUCAGCAGUCAUAAACCUGUAAAUAAGAAUAUUUUGCAUUUUAUUCGAAAGAGACUGAUUUUAAAGAUUUUGUUGGUUUGUUUGAUCUAUUGGUGCGUCUUUUUCAGACCACGGUGAUCCAGUUUAACAUAAUAGGCUAGAUUAGCCAUCAGAAACUAUACAGGCAGAAUUAAAAAAAAAAAAAAUAAAAAAAAAAAAAAACAUUUGUCUGAGAAAUAAUGCCUGGACCCACAUAUAGGCACAAACACGAGAGCUACGGAAAGAAAGAAAUCUAUAUAAAGUCUUUUUCUUGUUCUUAGUUGACGUUUUAGCGGAGUAAAAAUGUCACGUCAUUUAUUUAAAUAAAAAAAAGCAGUUUAUCCCUGCAGAGGGGGACACGGGGACGCAAUCACCUCUAAUGUUUUUUAUUUUUAUUUGUUUUCGAUAAACAAAGCGAUCGGACUCGGGUCCACGUCCAGGUACCUGCCUGUUGAUUUGCUAUAGAUGUAUUUGAACAGACGUUGUGCAUUACUUAUGUUACUUCAUAUGAAGCCGUGAUAAUUGUUAUACUCUCCUUUGGUGAAAA